AAUGGCAAGUCGUUUUAUUCAAAAUUCAUUUCAUUAACAAGAAUCUUAAAGGCCAAGUAGAGCUUUAUCAGAACAUUAAAGAAGUAAAAGUGAAAAAGGUGGUCAAAAAGUACAUCAUAAGAGUCAUGCAUCUCAUCAUUAUAAUCCUUUGGUUAUACCUUGUGAUUGGGUAUUAGCAGAGAAUCAUGCUAAAGCAAGAAGAGUGGCAAGAGAAUUGGAAGUUGAAAAUUAAUCAACAUGCCCUUGUUGUGGGUAUUCGAUAGAAAGAACUGAUUUAGAAUAUGAUUGUGAUCCAUUAGAGAUGAAAUUCUUAGGAUCUGGAUUUCCAUUGUUUUAUAUGUUUAUAAAAUACUGUAUAUUCAUCUUAGUAGAAUUUUGGUUAUUAAAAGGAAUGUUUUGUUUGGCUACAGAUUUAAUGGGUGAUUAUUGUUAUAAUUAAGAAAAGAUUAAAAUAUAAUAGAAAGAACAUCAUUCUAUUCAUGAUCAUUUGAAUUAAUAACAUCAUCAUCAUAAACAUAAAGAAGAUAAUUCAAUAUGUGGUGGAUCUUUGUGGCAUUUUGUGAGUUUGGCUAAUGUAUAUGAUAGAGAGGAUAUUAGAAAUUUAUAAUCUAACUUAUCAUUAGUUGUUGUAUUUGCUAAUAUGGUUUCAUUUUUAUUUUUCAGAAAAGCUUAAAGAAGUAUAGAUAUAGAAGUAGAUGAAUCAUAAUUGACUCCAUCAGAUUAUACUAUUUGUGUUAAGAAUAUACCAAAAUUAAAUGAGGAUUAUAGAGAAGUAUUAAAGAAUAUAUUUUAAAAUUAUGCUGCUGAUGGAAGGGAAUUAUUUGUAACAAAGAUAGUAUUGGUAUAUAAUUUAGAUGAAGUAAUUGAAUUAGAAGAAGCAUUAAAAGAAAUGAUAAGAGAUAAAUAGGAAUAUUUAUUAGAAAAUGGAAUGAAUUUUACAGAUUUCAAAGUUAAAUAGUUAGAUGAAAAGUUAGAAUCAUUAGAAUAAAAAAUUCAUUAAAAAGAACAUGAAUUAUUUAUAAAUAGAGAAAAGUUUGCAGGAAUAGCAUUUAUAAGUUUUUUAACUGAAGAAAUGAAAUAAUUAGUAUUGUAACAUAAUCCUCAUACAUCAUGGGAAAGAGUUAAGGCAUUUUUUAAUAAUGGAAUGACAGGAGAUGUAAAAGAAAAGGGUUUAAUUUUUGAAGGACAUAAAUUAUAUGUAGAAGAAGCACCAGAACCUAAUGAUGUUGAUUGGGAAUUUAUACAUAUCUAAACUGGAUAAAAAGUGAAAGCACGUGUUAUUGCAUGGUCAAUAUCUAUAAGUUUUAUGGCUGGUUGUUUCUUUUUGAUAUGGUUUUUAAGUGAAUUGGCAGAGAGAAUGAAUGAGUAAGUGGAAGAAUAAGAGAAAAAGGGUAUCAAAGAUUCAUUGACUUAGACUAUAGCAUUUUUAACUAGUUAAUCUAUUUCUUGGACUGUUGUAUUUUUUAAUAAGUUUGUUAUUGGAAAAGUAUAUCAUUUAAUAGUUGAUUUAGAGAAAAUAUCUAAUAAAACUAAAUUUAAUAUAAGUUUUGCUAGAAAAUAAUCAGUAGCUUUAUUUAUUAAUACUGCUUUAAUAUCAUUAGUAAUAGAUUUCUAUUUAACAGGAAAUGUAAUUGGUAAAGGUGGUUUCAUUUAUAAUGAAUCUAAUGUGUUUUUACUUAAUGCAUUCAUUCCUCCUAUAGUUUGGUUUGUGGAUCCUUGGAGUAUUUAAAAAGAUUAUCAAAGGUAGAAAUAAUAGAAAAAUGUGAAAAAUUGUGUAUUAACUUAAUAAGAGGCAAAUGAAAUAAUGGAAAUGCCUGAUUAUUCAUAAGCCAAAAGAUAUGGUGACAUAAUGAAGACAAUGUGGUUCACAUUUUUUUAUGGUGAUAUUAUACCUUUAGGUAUAUUAUUCAGUAUAAUGGGUUUAACAUUGUAUUAUUUUGUUGAUAAAUAUAAUGUUUUAAGGAGAAGAACAAUCAAAGAAUCAUUAUCAAAACAUCUCAGUAUAGAAAUGAUAGAGAUGUUGGAAUUAAUUAUAAUAUUUACAGGGAUUGGUAAUACUGUAGUUUCGAGUAUAUUAUUUGGGGAAGUUAAAUGGUAAGACUUUAUUAUAAUCAUAAUUGGAGUAGUAUACAUUUUACUGCCUAUGGAAGACAUUUCUAGUGUUUUAUUUCCACUUGAAUAGAAGGAUGAAGUCUAAAGUUAUUAUGAAGCAGAGGAAUACUUUAAUACUGAUUAUGAUAGAGAGAAUCCAGUAACUAGAAGAGAGAUAUUACAUGAGAUAGCAAAGAAAAAAUGA